AUGUAUGAGCAAGACCUUAAAUCCAAUGCACCUCCAAUGAAGACUCAAGAGUACCGCCAGGAUGGUAUUGUGAACUCUGAUAAGCUAGGCAGGAGAGAAGAUGGGAGAAGCGGUCCCAGAAGAUGUUCUACUGCUAAACCCUUGAAAGGAGAAGCUACAUGCAAGUUUAGCAUCACAAUUGCAUGGGACGAGUUUGGGUUCUAUCUAAAGCAGAAUGUUGGAAACCCCUACCACACUGGUCACCCAAAGUUUGCCAAUCAAGACCUGGCCACUCCUAAUGGAUUCCUGUCGACAGAAGAUCAAGAGGUUAUCAUUCAUGUGCACAAUGCAUGCGGUGGAGCUGCAAUCGGAAGGAAUUACAUCCUAACAAAGUUUGGAAAGUUUGUACCUUCAGUGGCAAUCCGAAGCCUGCAGAAUGAGGCCACACUCCCUCAACCUGAAGAGGGUGAUAACAGGAAAUUGCCUGCAAAUGACAUUGAAGGGCUCCUUCGGUACUUUGAGACUGAAGAGGACAUCUCUUUCCAAGUACUCUGGGAUGUUCCUGCUGGCAGCACCAACAAAACUAGCAAUGAAACACAGCCACUUGUUGAUGGCUCGGAGGAUGAUGGCUCUGGCGGUCAUAUGCUGCUGUCCACCACAUUUGACAAGGACGCUGCAGGAAACGUCACUGAACGCGAGACCGAUCACUCUACAGAGCCUGCAAUGGACGAGCUCGGGCGUGAGGUGUCUGCUGCUAGAGAAGAUGAGAGUAUCUUUUGCCAGGACAAAAUUUUCCUUUGUAUUGCAUGGACAAACAAGGAGGAGCUGCGACUAUUUCAGAAGUUCCCUUCUCUAGUUUACUGUGACGCAACCUCAGACACAAACAAGAACAAGAAUCACCUUAUCACCUUCUCUGGCCGAACCACCAAUGGCAAACAAUUCAUUUUCCUCCGAGUGUGGGUACAUAACCAGAAAAGGGUUACUUUCAAGUGGAUCUUUCAAGCAGUCCUAAAAUCCUUUCUCCCAAGCGGUACCCAUGAAAUGGUUCAACUGGUACUUGUUGACGGCGAUCCGCAACAGAUGAGUGAGGUCAGACUAGCACUUCAACAAUACCUUACUUCUGCAAUGUUUACCAAUUGUGGAUUCCAUCUUGUUACCAUUGGUUUCAAGAGAGCCGGUAUUCCAAAGCCAGACCGAGAUGCUAUGAAGACACAGUAUGAUGCCCUUGUCUCAGUGUUGCUCCAUUGGAUGUACUCCUUCAUGAGACCAGGCUAUUGUGAGAAUGGUGACAAAUACUUGAUCUCGAAGACACUUCUUUUCCAUUGGCUGAAGUCAAAAGAUGUUGCAACUGUGCUAGGAGUUGAGGGGCCGGCAAAUGCGCCGACUGGUCCUCAUGAAGGUACCAAUUUUGGGAUCAAAAGUCAUGCGGCGAGGGUGAUGCCAAGUCACACAAUGGUAAAGGCUGGCAAGUCCCUCAUCUUCCAAUCCAAAUUGAAGGUAAAAGAGAUAAGGCACGAGGCAACAAGAUCAAUGCUCAACACACCACUCUGGUCCGGAAGUGCAACAAGCAAGCAUGUUGUGAAGAUUGCUGAGUCCAUUCUCCUACAGAUUGCAGAAAGAGUCAGUCUGUAUCAAGCAAGACGAGUCGCCCAGGGAGAGUGGCAAGUAACUCACGCACCUCAUGGUUCCCAACUUCCACCAGGGACCAAUGGCACCAAAAAAGUUCCAAAAUUUACUAGGAUCCGCACAGUGAAGCUGGUGAAUUGUCAUUUGGAAUGCUCCUGCUGUCAUUAUGAAUCUGUUGGACUCCCGUGUGUCCAUCAAGGUGCUGUCAUCGCAUCACAUUCCAAAUCAGAGCCGUGGACUGGAUUUGGUCAUCACGACGUUGAUCUGGCUUGGUGGACUCACCUCCGUAUGGUAAAUGGCCAUGACAGCCGUUAA